AUGAAUUAUUUAAUCCCCGUACUUUGGUGCAUCUUCCUGAGUUUCCUUGCUAGAGGACAAGAAUCGGCGACAAAUUUUUAUAAGUUCGUAGACUCUUCCGCAUCAUCCACGUACAUUUCAGAGGAAUCUGGGAGUUCGCUUUAUGAUGCGAAAAGGGCUAUACAGAAUAACCCCGGUUAUUGGUGCAGUUCCGGGAAUCACGGAAAGGAUGAAGAAAUCAGCUGGACUGGUUAUUUAAAUACAAAGGGGUUCAUAAAAGGAGUGAAAAUAUCGUGGGAAUACAGCCCAGAAUCAGUCAGCAUAUCUGUGUCUAGUGAUGGGGAAAAUUAUAAAAAUGUUAUUCCUUAUCGGAGAAUUUCUGGAAAUGAAGCUUCUUUUGACGAAAUUUACUUUUUUAAAAAAUUAGAAGAAGUGAUAUCGAUAAGAAUUGGACUAAAAAAUGCUAUUCACAAAUAUUUCGGAAUAAGGGAAGUGAAGAUCAUAGGAGGGGGGAAUCCAUACUUUCUGUUACUAUCAGGAAUUACAAGUGAUAAUGAAAUGUGCUUACAAGUGGAGGAAGGAUUAGUAAAUAAUGACAAUACUUCGGUUAUAUUAGAUUCAUGUAUAAAUGCCUUAGCAAGCGGAGAUGGCAGAGAAUUGUGGAAGACAAAUUCUAACAACCAAAUAAUUAGUGCCUUCAGUAACCCCCCCAAAUGCUUAUCUGUUAUUAAUUUGGAUAAUUUGGAAAAGAAUAAAAUUGUUUUAUACGACUGUUUAAGAGCAUUGGAAGAUGGAGAUGGAAAGUCUAAUUGGAUAUUUGAAUCUAAUUCACAAAUUCGAUUGCAAAGGAGUGGUGAGCCUUUAUGCAUAUCUCAAAAAAAUAUAUACGGAAAUGUACCUGGAAUUCAUGAUAUUCUUCUGAACAUGGAUAUUACAGUUGAUGCUAAUUCGACUCUGGAUGAUGAUCAUAAUGCGGACAACACGAUAGAUGGAAACUUGAAUAGCUACUGGGCUUCGGCCACAUUUGCAGAUAAUUACGAGCAUGUAGUAAAUAUCAUCCUAGAUUUAAACAAGUACGUAGAAAUAUCCAGAGUAAAAAUUUCUUGGGAAUACCCCCCCCUGCAUUAUAGCAUAAGUGCCAGUAUAGACAACCAGGAAUAUAAAGUGAUCGCUGAAAAUUUAGCGAACCCUAGCUUUGUAACAAUAGAUUCUUUGAAAAAUUUAGAAACGAGAUAUAUCAAGAUAACAAUGAUGAAGCCUCAUCCGAAGCAUGGAGAAAUGGGGGAUCAAUUUUUGUAUGGAGUUAGGUCCAUAGAAGUUCAGGCAAACAACUUAGAAACUACUAUAGGCUAUUGCAGAGAUGCAGCUAAUUCGGAUGAUGCAAGAGAUAAAUACUUUGUUGAAUAUAUAACCGAAUUUGACGAAGACUUAACUAGCAAACUUAUCAACCUAGAAGAUGAUGUGUCGAAAAAUGUAAACUCUAUUAGUGAUAAUUUAUCAAAACUGGAAGAAUUAUUACCUAAUAUUGAAACAUGCAUACAGGAAAAGAAAGAGUAUGAUGAAGAACUGAAAGAGUCCAAGGAAAAAGCAAAUGAAUUGAAUGAAAAGUUGUCCUCCCUAGUGUCAGUAAAUUCAAUUCAUGAUAACGAUUUGCUACGAUUAGAUAUCCUUCCUGGUGAUUCAUCUUCCUACCCAGCUACUGAUUGUUCUGUAAUUAAAAAUGUUCAAGAUAUUUCCCAAUCAGGAUUUUACUGGAUAAAGCCAAAGUGUGCCCCUGAACCGUUGAGAGUAUAUUGCGACAUGGAGUCCAGUACAUCCCUCUACGUAUGGAACGGUAAUCCACCUAAACAUAGCGAUCAUUUAAUUAGCAAUAUUAUAAAUUCUGUGGAUGAUAUAAGACAACACUGUGCUGAAAUAGGACUAGAACCUCUAAUUCUAAGGUCGAAAAGCCAAUUAAAUAGCUUAAUUUUGUCUUUAAAAAAAAUGGGAUACACACUAAAUGGGAAAAACAACAUUCCUCUUGCAUAUGACUAUUCUUGUGAUCACGGUAGUUGCAGCGGAAAGUUUCACGAUUUGGUAAACGGAAACAUAGAUUUAACGACAUUAAUUUAUUUAAAAGCAUCUGAAUCCCCCGACAGCACAAAAGUGAGACAAACUGCUGGAAUAUCCUACGAUGAUGGAUCUUUCAAAUUUUUUAAUUUAGAAACAUCUGAUAUAUCUGCAAUAGUUUGUUCUACUAAUUCUACGGAGAACGAUGAUGCGUUACAAUAUUUGAGAAUAAAUUGCGAAACGACAGCACUUGAAGAUUAUUUCAAUUCAAUUGUGAAUACUAAUAUAGUUGUUCUCUGUCCUUUAGGAUGUGCCAGUGAUAAUUUUAAAAGCAAUGCGGUGUAUGGAAGUAGAGGAAUAUAUGCAGAUAACAGUUCCAUUUGCAGAGCCGCGAUACACGCUGGGGUGGUGGACAAUAAGGGAGGCCUAGUGAAUGUUACGAUCGAAUCUGGAAUGGAUCGCUAUGAAGGCUCCAUUAGUAAUAAUGUAGAAUCUAUUUCUUUAAAUAAAGACCCAGCAGGAGGAUUGUUAGAUAUCAUCACUAAAGAUGAGGAAGAAAAUAUUAAGGAGGAAAGAAGCAUUUUUCAUCACUGGACGAUACGAAUUGGCAAUCUAUCAGCGGAAUGUCCUAUGGAUUUGUUUCAAUAUAAGCAUACAUCCUUUUUUCAAAAGGGAGAAACAACGAAGGAGAGAAAGGAAAUGGCAUAUAGUGAAGACGAAAAUAGAGAUAGUAUAAUUUUUCAUGAGUUAAUUACCGACCUGUUAAGGAAUAUUGAUGCUAUUCAUGGAGUUGAUCCCUCAGUAAUUUCCAUCGUCCAGGAUGAGACAGUAAGGGUGAUAGAAAAGUCGAAGAAGGAACUGAGACCAGCUGAUGUGUUAUCGAAAAAACAAAUUGACGAUGCUAUCAAUUUAUACAAUAUUACAGAAAAUUUGGCAUUAUAUCUAUACGAUUUGUCAGGAAAAUACAUGUACGACUUGGAACGGUUGAAGGAACGUUUGGAUGAAUUAAAAAAAGAACAGAAAGUUGCUCUUAACUUUGGUACCUUCAAAUUGAAUUAUGAAACAAUGAAUUUUUCUUCGUACUUUCAAAUUUUUGAUUCAAAAUUAACAAAAAAUGUGUCUAGCAAUUGGGGGUAUGCAGAUACGGAUAUAGCAGGACAUAAAAAUAGUAUUGGCCAAACAAGCAGCAUUUCAAACAGAGAAAUAGGGGAAGCAUAUUAUGCGAAAUUGAAAGGAUUAAAUUUUUAUGACUUUGAAAUAAACGUAAGUAUAUUAAGCAGAGGAAAUGGAUGCUCAGGUAUUGUUUUUAGAGCCAAGGACGAUUUCAAUUUUUACCUAUUUGAUGUGUGUGAUAGGGGAGGAAUGAAAAGAUUAUGUAAGGUAGAAAAUGGGAACGUGGAAGUUUUGAAAGAAAAAUUAACAGGUGUUAAUACAAACAAUAAGUGGAACAAGUACAAAAUUGUGACCAGUCAUGCGAAUAUUGAUAUUUACGAGGUUGAUGAGAAUUCAAAUGAGACUAACAUUUUGAGGUCUCUAGAUGAAAGGUUUCUCUCUGGAACUGUCGGUUUGUAUUCUCAAAUUCAUGGACAAGGUUCCUUCUUUGAUAAUUUAGAGGUAAUACCUCGACCAUGUUCCGAAUUGUCCAAAAGGGGGGCACAAAAAAAGCAAAGGGAAAUUUCCAGCUGCCCAUACUACAAGGAAAACUACUUAAGCGAAACCUUGCCGUAUAGCUUUAUUAACGAUGUGGAUUAUGAGUGGAGUUUUGCAAGGGGGGGCGACGAACAUGACGAGCACCACGAUGAGAACAACAAUGAGCAGAACAAUGAGCAGAACAAUGAGCAGAACAAUGAGCAGAACAAUGAGCAGAACAAUGAGCAGAACAAUGAGCAGAACAAUGAGCACCUGCUAUGCUCAAAAAUGGUACAAAUCAGCGACAAGUCCAGCGAACAGAGCUCCAACACCAUAGCACUUUUAAAACAGAGAAAGUGCUCUGACGGGUACUUUACCCUGGACAUGAAUUUUUCCAAAGAUGAGGGUAAUGAAAGUGAAAAUGAUGAGUUGGUAAAAAUUCUUUUCAACUUUGUAAACGAGCAAAACUACAAUGCGUUAGAGAUGACGAAUGAUGGAAUCAGGAUAGUGACACACAGAAAUAGCAAAUCAGAAACAUUGUCCGAAUUGACCGAUAGGGAAAAAAUUAAAAAGGUGUUGGUCCCAAAUGAGUGGAUUAAUAUAAAAUUACAUUUCCAAAAAUCAAAGAUUACGGUCGUCAUAAGUAAUAAUGAAGAAGAAUUACAACUAAACACAGAUAUUGCUGAUGUAGAUAUGAUUCGUUCAGGACAAGUUGGUUUCUGGGUACAGAAUUUCAGUGAGGUGAAAUUUGCUUCUAUCAUUCUUUCAUCUGCUAUGUCACAUAAUGAUGGAAAUUUUAUUCAAACUAAAUCCAAGGCAUGGGCAGCUUGUGAAGAUUCUGUGCAUGUAUUAAAUAGAAGGUCUUCAUGUCAAACGAAUAUAUUCCCAAAUGAGACGAAAGAAAAACAUAUUAAUUGUAUUAAAAAUUUUUGUGAAGAAUGCUGUUUAUAUCAUACACAAAUGCUAGACAGUAAUGAGAAAAAGCAAUGCGAAAAACACUGUAAAAAAAAUGACCACUUAGCAGCCAAGAUGCAGACACUAUUUGAAAAAUUUUUAAAUAGAUGUGUUUCCUUGGAGGAAAACAAGGACUAUAAGCAGUGUGCAGACAAUGAUACUGAAUGUAGAAAUAGAGUUUGUGUACUUUGUUGCAAAAGGAACGAUCCGGAAAAUUCUAAGGAGUUGAAGGGAUUAUCUCUGCAGAAGUCAAAGGAUAUACAGCAAAAGGAAGUAAUCGAGUGUCAAUUUCAGUGCAACCGGGCCCAUGCGUGA